AUGAUGAAGAGAAUGAAGAAGACGAAAUUGAAGCUCUACGACACAAAAACCGAGGAAGACGAUAUCGGUAGCUCACCAAUUGCUGCCAGUCCUGGGCUAAGGUCAGGUGCAAGGAAAGUGAAUACCGGAUUGCAAAUUGCGCAGGAGCUGUCCGAUAUCGUAGUUUACAUGCAGGCCGUGAAAUUCAAGGGAUUCCCAACUGUAGAAAUAACGACAUCCACGCACUCUGCGGAAGAGGAAAUAGGUACUGCCAACUCGUUGUGGUCCACACGAACUCGUACGCAAACAAGUCUGCUGAGCACACCAACACCUCCAAGAAGACAACGCAGUACUACGCAAGUCAGUCAGCUAAUUCGAACAUAUCCGUCUGCAAAGCAUUACGACUCGUCCAACUUCAAUCCAAUCAACUGCUGGGCUCAUGGUUUACAGAUGGUUGCUUUGAAUUUCCAAACACCCGAUGUCAUCAUGGCUGUGAAUCAAGCAAUGUUUGAGCAGAGCGGAAGUAGC